GAUAGAUUCCCCCCAAGCACUCUCCUAAGCGAAUCUCAGAUCCAUUGAAUCUUAACACUGAUUCAGAUUUUCCAAAUUUCUUGGAGCGGCGGUGAAUCUCAUCCAAGAUUCUGUAAUCAAUCGAUCCUAGUGAAAAGAUGUAUUUGGUGGAGAGCAAAGGAGGGGCAAUAUUGUGUAUGGUGGUGGCUCUUCUGUUCUUGGGGACAUGGCCAGCUCUGUUGACCCUGCUCGAAAGGCGGGGCCGUCUCCCUCAACACACGUACCUCGACUACACGCUCACCAAUCUCCUCGCUGCUCUCAUCAUCGCCCUCACUUUCGGCCAGAUGGGAUCCGAAACUCCCAAUUUCCUCUCCCAACUCCCUCAGGAGAACUGGUCGAGCGUGUUGUUUGCAAUGGCGGGCGGGGUGGUCCUCAGCCUGGGGAACCUGGCAACUCAAUAUGCUUGGGCAUUGGUUGGUUUGUCAGUAACUGAGGUUGUCAGUUCCAGCAUCACUGUGGUUAUAGGAACAACAUUGAAUUACUAUUUGGAUGACAAGAUCAACAAGGCCGCGGUUCUUUUUCCCGGCGUCGGAUGUUUCUUGAUCGCGGUUUGUCUGGGCUCUGUCGUCCAUGCAUCUAAUGCCGCGGAUAAUGACAAAAAGCUCAACGGCUUCUCGUGCAAUUCUAACCGCACUGCUUUGAACCCCAGCUCAUCUGUGUCUGUGGAGGCUCAUAAGAACUCAGUUGGGAAUAAAGAUUUGGAGAAUGGAAUUGCUUCUGUGGAGAAGGCAAAGUUUGGGACAGCACUCUUCCUUAUAGAGCUUGAGAACAAAAGGUCAAUUAAGGUUUUGGGGAAGGGAACUAUGAUCGGUCUGGGGAUAACGCUCUUCUCGGGGAUUUGCUUUUCUCUCUUCUCCCCGGCGUUCAACCUUGCAACAAAUGAUCAAUGGCGCACACUAAAAGAUGGAGUUCCACACUUGAGUGUCUACACCGCUUUUUUCUACUUCUCACUCUCUUGUUUCUUUCUUGCUAUCGUUCUCAACGUCGUUUUUCUGUACCGUCCCGUGCUUAACGGGCCCAAAUCGUCCUUCAAGGCCUACUUGUCCGACUGGAACGGGCGAGGUUGGGCCUUGUUGGCGGGCCUUUUGUGCGGGUUCGGCAAUGGGCUCCAGUUCAUGGGAGGCCAAGCUGCUGGAUAUGCUGCUGCUGAUGCAGUUCAGGCAUUACCGCUUGUGAGCACAUUUUGGGGCGUGCUUUUGUUUGGAGAAUACCGAAGAUCAUCGAGAAGAACGUACGCGUUCCUGUUUGGUAUGAUCUUUAUGUUUGUGGUGGCAGUCGCGGUUUUGAUGGCUUCGGCGGGGCAUCGGAAGUGAUGAUCAGAACUGGAAGAGCAUGUAAUUAUAUGUAUAAGGCUCUAUAUAGGCUGCCAAGAUGUUGUUGGCUUGAAGGAGAAAGGUAAAAGGUGUUUGUCUUAGGUAUUUGUGUGGAAUAUGAAACCAAAACAUUAUUCUUUUUACUAGUAAAAAAAGUUCAGCAUAUUC